AUGGCCCUUCUGAAGUUGCUUAGGUGGAGAUCGGGUUUUUGGGCUCGGGAACCCGUUCUCUGGGUAGAAGAUGUGCUUUGGGCUUUGAGAGGGGCACAGAGUUGCGAAGUUGCGCACAAUAUCGCACCUGCAUGUCGCUGGCCACCAAAGUUGCUAAGCCAGAGACUUCCGGGUAGCUCCCGGAACAAGCAUCGAGGGUUUUCCAUGGCGGAGGUGUACCUAGCAGUCCAACCGCAGGAGGCUCACCGGUGCCUUCCCGAAGACGAGGAUGCGUAUGUGCUGCUAAUGCCGGAAGACACGUACGGAGCCAUGCUGGUGGCUUGGGGUGGGCUCCGCAAAGGGGAGUCCAUGUGCUGCGACUUCCUGGUGGUGCUUGCAUCCCACAUCCUUCAUUUGGGUAUCCAGGUCGUCUUGCUGCUGGCCUUAUUCCACGAAGUCUUCUGCAAGAUGGAUGCCUGCAGCAUUGAAGCGACAAGCGGCCUGCGGGAAGUCUGCUGCACGGUCUUUGUCGGCGAAAUGGUGCAGGAAAUCGAUGCAUGCAAGGCGCUCUGUAGCUGGGUCCGGAAUCCCGAGAUCAAUGCGAACGACAGACGGCUGAUGUCCCUGCAGGUUUUGGUGGUUGUGGUCCCAAAGGCCUUGCUGGUAGCUGCUUCCACCUACAUUGGCUCGUCGUUUGUCGCUUUGAGCCAGACAAAUGCCGACAUGAUUUUGAACACCGUCGCCAUGACCUUCGUGAACAAUAUUGACAACGCCAUCUUCCGAAUCUUGAGCCCUCAACGUCUCAAGAACAGGCUGACAUCGUUUCGGACGACGGCUGUAGCUCCAAAAACUCCGCUCUAUGCAACGUGGAGGGCUUCUGCAUGGAUCUUGGUUGUCUUCAUCAGUAUCAUGGUCUUCACACCUCGGUGUAAACAUCCAACGUGGUUUGCGGCCGUGACCCACUUCUUCGAUGCCACCGCUUUCAAGAAGCUAGGUUCAGUUUGCUAA